GGCGGCCAGGGGGCGCGGGGGGCGAGGCCGAGAGGCCCGGGGCCAGGCCCAGCUGGGAGCCCCGGGAGUUCGAUGGUGGAGUCGGAACAGAAAUUCCGUGACUGACAGGGCGGGACGGAGUGAAGCCUGAGACCGAGGGAGCCGGUGAAGCCGAGCCGCGGCUCGCCUGGGGGGCGCGGGGGGCGAGGCCAGAAGGCCCGGUACGGGGCAGAGCUGCCAGGGCCCUAGCGACGGGGGCUGGAGUAGCAGGCCGGAGCCACAGGCUCGGAACUGACACUGGGCUGGACCGGACUGAACGGAGGAUUCUCGGAUCUCGAACCGACGGGGCAGGGAUGGCCGGGCUGCCCCGGGGCAGGGACCGACUUUGGCAGGCCCGACCCGAGGCAAGGAGGCCAGGCCCGCAGCCACCUGCGCUGCCGGCCCGGGGCCUCCGCUGUCCGCCGGGCACACCACCGGUACCUGGACUCCGGGAGCCCCGCGGAUGGGCGGGGUGGGACAGCCCAGUGGAGAGCGAGCGAGGGACCGGAGUCGCGGGGAGAAGCCGAAAAGGCUGGGAGCGCCGUGGCCUGUUUGACGGCCCGAGCGAGGGCUGAAGGGAGCGCACCGACGCCCCAGACCUCGCUGCUAAACUGAGCUGCGGGUCUGCCCGCCGAGCAGGUAGCGCCGGUGGCCUUCUGGAUGGACCGGGGCGGUGGUGGAGAAGCCCUCCCAGGCCCAAUACUUCAAAGCAUCUUACCUCUGCUCAAUAUAUAUUACUUGGAGAGGAUUGAGGAAACUGCUCUCAAAAAAGGUCUCUCUACUCAAGCCAUCUGGCGCCGACUCUGGGAUGAACUGAUGAAGACAAGGCCUUCCAGUUUGGAGAGUGUGACUUGCUGGCGAGCCAAGUUUAUGGAGGCCUUUUUUUCCCAUGUUCUACGUGGAACCAUUGAUGUGUCUUCUGAUAAACGUCUUUGUGAUCAGCGCUUCUCACCUCUCCUGCACAGCUCCCGUCAUGUCCGACAGCUAACCAUCUGCAACAUGCUGCAGGGAGCAACUGAGCUAGUGGCAGAGCCCAACCGUAGGGUUCUAGAGACCCUGGCCAGUUCUCUGCAUACCCUCAAGUUCCGCCACCUGCUGUUCUCUGAUGUGGCUGCUCAGCAGUCACUUCGACAGCUGCUGCAUCAGCUCAUCCACCAUGGGGCUGUUAGCCAAGUGUCGCUGUACUCCUGGCCUGUGCCCGAGUCAGCCCUUUUCAUCCUUAUUCUUACCAUGAGUGCUGGCUUUUGGCAACCAGGCCCAGGUAGCUUGCCUUGCCGCCUCUGUGGUGAAGCCUCCCGAGGCCGGGCCCCAUCUAGAGAUGAAGGGUCCUUAUUGCUAGGCUCUCGCAGGCCUCGGCGUGAUGCAGCAGAGCGAUGUGCUGCUGCACUAAUGGCCACCCGGCGGAAGAGUGAAGUCAAGCAGAUGCCCAGGGCUGUACCUCCCACUCGUGUAACACGCCGCAGCACACAAGAGAGCCUGGCAAUAGGUGGAACAGACUCUAAGUUGUACCUCCCAGCCACCUCUUAUGAGGCUUCUGGCACAAAACAGCCAUCUGCUCCAGCUGCAGCCUCUGCCUCCUCUUCCACAUCAUCCAAACGGGCUCCAGCUAGCUCAGCCUCACAGCCUAAGCCCUUAAAGCGUUUCAAACGAGCUGCAGGGAAGAAAGGGCCCCGCACCCGUCAGGGGUCUGGUGCAGAGUCUGAAGACCUGUAUGACUUUGUUUUUAUUGUGGCUGGUGAGAAGGAGGAUGGUGAAGAGAUGGAGAUUGGGGAAGUAGCUUGUGGAGCUCUGGAUGGGUCAGAUCCCAGCUGUUUGGGGCUCCCAGCACUAGAGGCAUCCCAGCGAUUCCGCAGCAUUUCCACCUUGGAGCUAUUCACAGUUCCUCUCUCCACGGAGGCAGCUCUGACACUGUGCCAUCUUCUGAGUUCCUGGGUAUCACUGGAGAGCCUUACACUUUCCUACAAUGGUCUGGGCUCUAAUAUCUUCCGCCUCCUGGACAGCCUACGGGCCCUGUCAGGCCAGGCUGGAUGUCGCCUCCGUGCCCUGCAUCUCAGUGACCUUUUCUCACCACUGCCCAUCCUGGAAUUGACCCGUGCCAUUGUGCGAGCCUUGCCCCUGUUGCGGGUCCUGUCUAUUCGUGUUGACCACCCAAGCCAGAGGGACAACCCUGCUGUACCAGAGAAUGCUGGGCCCCCUGGACACAUAGUUGGGGAUGAAGAAAUACCAGAAAACUGCCUCGAGCAGUUGGAAAUGGGAUUUCCACGAGGAGCCCAGCCAGCCCCACUGCUCUGCUCUGUCCUCAAGGCCUCAGGUUCUCUACAGCAGCUGUCACUGGACAGUGCCACCUUUGCCUCGCCUCAAGAUUUUGGGCUUGUGUUGCAAACACUCAAAGAACACAACCUAUCCCUGAAGAGGCUGAGCUUCCAUGAUAUGAAUCUUGCAGACUGUCAGAGUGAAGUGCUUUUUUUGCUAAAGAAUCUGACCCUUCAAGAGAUUACCUUCUCCUUCUGCCGUCUGUUUGAGAAGCGCCCAGUCCAAUUUCUUCCUGAGAUGGUUGCUGCUAUGAAGGGCAACUCUACACUGAAGGGCCUUCGACUACCAGGGAACCGCCUGGGGAACGCUGGCCUAUUAGCCCUAGCAGAUGUUUUCUCAGAGGAUUCUUCCUCUUCUCUCUGUCAGCUGGACAUCAGUUCCAACUGCAUCAAGCCAGAUGGGCUUUUGGAGUUUGCCAAACGACUGGAGCGCUGGGGCCGAGGAGCCUUUGGUCACCUACGCCUCUUCCAGAACUGGCUGGACCAGGAUGCAGUCACAGCAAGAGAAGCAAUCCGGCGACUCCGGGCUACCUGCCACGUGGUUAGCGACUCAUGGGACUCAACCCAGGCCUUUGCAGAUUAUGUCAGCACCAUGUGAUGGGGCCCAUACCUCACAGGCCCAUCCUCAGUACCAUCAGCUUGCAGGGACUGAGCCGUGGGCUGCCCAGAAUCCCCAACCACUGAUUCUGUCAUCCUCUUUCUGCCACUUUGUCUAUUUCUGUUUCCUUUUCAUCUUCCCUUGCACUGAGGUCCUGGAGGCCUUGAUGAGGCCCAGCAAAGGCAUUCCCACCGCUGAGUUCAGAGGCUUUGGGCCACUUACUCAGUACUCUGGGAACCCCAGGCCAGGAGGUUACGGGUCUCUAUCGUCACUGAGGAAAACACCCCCUACCCCUGCUCUGGGGUUUCCUGCUUCAUUCCUCAAGCAGGCACCCAGGCUUUAGAGAAGUAUAGGAAUGCCUAACACCAGGCCUCUUCCCUCCUGGGCUUACCAAUGUGUUCCCAGGCCUCAGUCCCUUUCAUGCCUUUAUUCCUUUCUUUUUCUUUUUUUUUUUUAAACCAAAAAAGUUUUUCUUAUAAAAUAAAUUUUGGGCAAACAUCA